UAUACUUUCCGUCAAACAUCUCAGUGGUCACAAACAAGUUGUACAAAAUGCCGUGCCUUAGGAUCUUAACUAAUAUUCCUAGUAGUAAAAUCCCUACGGAUUUCGUGAAUAAAAUCAUGCCUGUGCUGGCAAAAGUUGUGAGGAAAGACGUUGAGAAAUUCUCCUGCGUGAUAGUAGGAGAUUGUCAACUGUCCUUCGCAGGGGAUUCCUCGCAGCCGGGAGCGAUAUCCACGCUAGAGUCCAUAGGGCAUGUCGAACCGGAGGACAACCGGAUGAUCGGACAAGAGCUGUCAACAUUCGUGCAGCAGGAACUUGGGAUACAUCCUAAAAGGUUUUUCAUAAGUAUCUACGAUAUCAAAGGCACGAACAUAGUAAAAGGAGGCGACACACUUAAUUAAGAGAAUGUAAUGUAUAUUGUUACCCUUUCAAUAUUACAUUUCAGUUAUUAAAAA